AUGGAGCAUACGCAUUCACGCGGUGCGUCCGUUGGCUCACUCCUCGAUUAUUACUCGGAGAUGGACGAGGGUUCGCUAAAGUCACCUACCUCGAUCAAAUCACCGACUUCGCCGCAUAGCCCAACAAUACACAUUUCAUACGCAGACGCAGGAAUCGAGAUCGCCGAGCCUUAUCCUCUCGAUGGUGUGGACGACGAAGCUUCGCCGGCAGAUCUGGAGAAAGAGCUGUCUCACAUCAAGUCGUUGCGCCGAGUAUCCAUUGAAUACGCCGGGAACGACCCGGACCUACCACCGCCGACGCAUACAGUCGCAGAAACACCUGAUAACGACGGCUUGUUCUGGGUUCCGGCAGGACUACACCCUGAGCUGGAACCACAACAAUUCUCCACAUUCGUGCAGUCGCGAAUAGAGGGGUUCAAUUCACAUCCGGACGAUCAACUCAACCUCAAUACAGUGAAUUUGCGGAGAAAGAAAUCUAGAUUAUCAAGGGUUGUGAAGCUCGAUGAUGAGGAGGUGGGGCAAUACUCAGAUGCCGGGCCAGAGUUGUUCAGGAGGAAGUCGGCCAGAGUGGCGCCUUUGAAGUUGUCAUAUUUGGAAAGGCUGGACGAGUUGGCAAAGAACCCGUCGCCAGCAUUGGAGCAAGCCGAGUUCGGGGUAGGCGAUGCGUCAGAUCAGGAUCUACCCGUGCUCGGUACUCCUGCACAAAUGAUUAGGAGGUCGGCAAGGACAACUUAUCGCAGAGGAAGGGGAGGUGCAGUACGGAUCACGCCCAGAAGUGUGUCGGAUCCGACCACAAGUCCUACCAAGGAGGAGUUCCCGACCCUGCAGUGGUCUACGGAGAAAGAGGUGGAGGAUCCUGUGCUUGAGCAUGCACCGCCCUCGCCGCAAGUUCAACAACAACCUGUCAGCUCACCUCCAGCUCCUCAAACGCCGUUCAGCCCGCCUCCUGAACCUGUCAGCCCAAGAAUACCUCAAGAAGCUCCACGACCGCAGAACAUGUCUGUCCGGCCACAGCGGCCAAGGCUUCAGCGGGAAAGUUCAUCCUUACCGGACAUUACUGCAGACAUGAACUCGGUCGUUUCGACGCCCAUGGUCAAUGCUUUCCAGGGGCCUUAUCCGACAUCAUCGGAUGCGGCAAUUACCCAGCUGGAGCAUGAUAUGCAAAAUGCUAACAUUGCGGCGGAGGAAGAUGAGGAGGAGUUUGCGGAGCGACCGAGGAAGAAUUCGGGAAGUAAGAAGUCGGCAUGGGGACGGUUAUUCUCAUCGGAUGACAAGGUGAUGAAAAAGGGAAAGAAGAACAUGUCUCAGGAGAAUAUCGCCAGACAAAUCGAGCGUGACGGUGUGGACGAGAUUCUUGGACGGCCGAAGUCUGCAUUACGAUCGUCGGCCUCCAGUGAAUCACUCAAGAGCCAAGGGUCUACCAAGGAGAAAGAGAAGGAAUCAACCAAUAUCUUCUCUGCACUGUUCGGUUCAAAGAAGAAGAGCUCGCCGCGUCUCGCAGCAACCAGAUCAACCUCACCAGCAGAGCUGUCCUCCUCGCGUCCAUCUACAGGUAGUGGGUCGACCUACCACUCUUCUUGGAAGGACGGUCUCGGGUACACACGGUUCCCAUUACCCGUCGAACGCGCCAUCUACCGUUUAUCACAUAUCAAAUUGGCGAACCCGAAGCGGCCUUUGCGGGAACAGUGUCUUAUAUCGAACUUUAUGUACGGCUACUUGCGGUUGAUCAACAAUCCAGGAUUGCCGGCUUCGAGAAGACAAGCGACGUCACCUCGACCAGAUCAGCAACAACAACAGCAACAACAGCAACAACAGCAGCAGCAGCAGCAGCAGCAGCAGCAGUGGAACGGAAGCGGUAAUGGGCAUGGAUCAAGGUCUGCUAGCGAGCGUGUAGAUGAACUGAUGGGUGCCCCCGUGUCCCCCGAACCAGCAAGACGAGAACCUCGAUACGCACAAGCACUAGGAGGACCCCCACCACCAGAAUCUAAAUCCCGGUCAAGAUCAAGCUCCCGAGACCGCGAGAAGCAAUUAAAACGAGAAAGAGAGAUGAGUGGCGACCGAAGCCGAGAACCAGCAGUCUGGUACACUGCAUAA